UCGUUUAACUUUUUAUUUAAAGGAUACUUCUUUUUGGCCUAUAAAACAAUGGAAGAUAUGCCCACAAUGCAGUUCGCUCGAAAUUGGAAAACGUGGACUGGUGCACGUCUUAUACAUGCUUUAUUACCGAAACCGUAUCAUUUCCGACGAAUCUCAUUUUUUAGACAGACCAGUUCAUUUGCUGAAUUCACAUACAUUAUGUUAAUACAAAUCGAACAUCUCAUGGUUUCCGCCGAAGUGGCACUUAACAUGGCUGAUUCGUUACGGCAACGACUGUGUGCCUACGUAGACGUUUAUCGAGAAGUUGAUUUUACGGUACUCUUUCCACCUUAUGUCUAG